GAAUAAUCAACUUUUUACACUUGAUCUUGUGUAACAGUGAGGGAACCUCCCCCGUGGUUACUUUAAGAGGUCGGACCAUUCAAACGGCUUCAGCCCUGACUGAGCUCUGUUUGUCAGACUCUGAGGAUGAAGAUCGCUGUGCUGGGAGCCACUGGGCAGACUGGUCAGUUUCUGGUCAACCAGGCGCUGCAGCAGGGUCACACAGUCACCGCUGUCGUCAGGAACCCGGGGAAACUCGCCAUACAUCAUGAUAAUCUCAAGGUGGUGGAGGCUGACAUUUUCUCCGCAGACAGUCUGAAGAGUCACUUCAAGGGACAGGAUGUGAUCAUGUCCUGCCUCGGCUUCCCGGCCUCCUUCUUCUCGGGCGUGUCGGGCUACACCCUGUCCAUGAAGGCUAUGAUCAGCGCCAUGCGAGAGGCCCGGGUCAACAGGGUCAUCACCAUGACCUCCUGGUACACUGAGCCCAACUCAGGAACGAACUCGCCUUACCUCAUCCGCUUCCUCCUGCUGCCGAUGAUCCGGAGCGUCCUCACCAACAUGUAUGAGAUGGAGCAGUUCCUGCAGAAGACAGAGGACGUCACCUGGACCGUGGUCCGUCCACCUGGACUCAAGAACCUGGCGGCUUCAGCUCAAGAGUUCCUGACCCACGAGGGAUACUUUGUGCCCCAGAGCAGCGGUCAGCCUGCAGGCGGUGCGGUGGGACGAGGAGACGUAGCUCGCUUCAUGCUCUCUCUGGUCAGCAGCAACGCCUGGGUCAAGAGGGGGGUCGCCAUCACCACCAAAUGAGAAGGGAAGAAGAGUGGUGGCCAUUGCCAAAGCGUCAGUUCACGUUCUCCAUCCGCGCAGAUAUUUAUUUAUAUUUCCUUUUCCGAUAUCAACCUUUGAGAUUUUUGGCCUCCACUGCAAUACAGCAGAGGUAAAUGGAAGGUGUUGGUUUUCAAAUCAUUCUCAAAUCUAAUCUUUAGAUAAUUUCUCAAUUAACCUCGAGUCCAUUUUGUCUAAAGAAAUGUCGGAAUAUUGUGAAAAAAGUUAUUAUAGCGCAAGGUGACUUCUGCAAAUGUGUCAAAAACCCAAAGAUUUUUUAAUGUUUUAUUAUCACACUUCACAAAUAAAAGCAACAAUUUACUCCA